AUCAUCGUCCUCUACGUGGUUCAGUCAACAUUAAAACGCGCUGUAGAUAUGUACCGAAAAAUCGUAAUCUUGAUAACGUCGCCGUUAUCUCGAUAAGCUCCCUCGACUAUGUCACACAUAGUUUAGUUUCGGUGCAAAUAAAGUGUGGAAAUGUUCAAAAAAAAUCGCCCGAAGCCGACGUUGGCGCACACCGACUCGGUGGAGAACAAUAACGUGGUGAAGAGCAAAGUGCCCCCGUCGCCAGUGUCGCCCAUCAGCAAGGCCUCCUUGCAGUUCCAUUGCCAGCUCGCCCACGGCAGUCCCACGGUCUUCGUCUCCGGAUUCUCAAACGUCAAAGAACUCUACCAGAAAAUCGCCGAAUGCUUCGACUUCCCACCCUCGGAGAUUUUAUUCUGUACGUUAAAUACGUACAAAGCGGACAUGAAGAAACUACUAGGGGGUCAAAUCGGUUUAGAAGACUUUAUUUUCGCACACAGAAAAGGUCGCCCCAAGGAGGUUGAACUCGUGAAAAGCGAAGACGCUCUCGGCCUCACAAUCACGGACAACGGCGCCGGUUACGCGUUCAUAAAGCGCAUCAAAGAGGGCUCCGUCAUCCACAACAUCCCCCACAUCCAAGUGGGCGACCACAUAGAGAAGCUCAACGGGGAGCUGAUGGUCGGCAAGCGCCACUUCGAAGUCGCCAAAAUCCUCAAAGAAAUCCCCAAAGGCGAGACGUUCACGAUCCGACUGGUCGAGCCCUUGAAGAGCGGCUUCAACAGCAUAGCCCCCAAGAGCGCCAAAGGGGGCGCCAAAAAGUCCAACUACGGCUCGGGCCGCGAGACUUUGAGGUUCAAGGCGGGAGGAAACGCCGAAAUUGAGGAGAAGGACGAUGUGAUGGACGUGGGGAUCGAGAAGAUCAACGCGAUUUUGGAGAGCUUCCUGGGGAUUAACGACGAGGACUUGGCCACCCAGAUCUGGGAGGUGGCCCAGGGGAAGAGCAACUCGAUGGAUUUUGCGGACGCUGUGGACAAUUCGGAUUUGGAGGAGUUGGGGUUCACUGACGACUUGGUGAUUGAGCUGUGGGGGGCGAUCACGGACGCCCGGGACGGGAGGAUUUGAGUGCCACUUAAUUUAAGCCGAUUAGACAAUGAAAAUUUAAUUGUAAUUUUUAAAUAAAGACACUUUGAGUAUAAA